GGAGGGCGAAUAGUUGAACAGUGGCGAGCUUUCAUGAAGUUUGGUGCCACGUAGUUAACUUAAAACAGUGUCAUUUUUUUAAUGUGAUUUAAUUUUGCAAACUUCGCGAGGUCACACGAUAGCUUUUUAUUUCCUCAACACAAUGUUAUUGUUUUCCAUUUGCUCGGUAUUAUCCUUAGUAGUUGUGCUAGCCUUUGCUGGCAAACUACCCGACCCUGAAGUCAAAAUCGAAGUUCUCCAUCAACCUCUUCUAUGUCAGCGCAAGACAAAAUAUGGAGAUAUGCUUCUUGUCCAUCACGAAGGAUACUUGGACAGUGACGGCACCAUGUUUCACUCAAGCCGCCUUGAAGGUGAUAGAAAUCCAGUGUGGUUCACCCUCGGGAACCGAGAGGUCAUCUUGGGCUGGGACAAGGGUCUGCUGCAAAUGUGCGCAGGAGAGCGCCGGAAACUCACCGUCCCUCCAUCUCUGGCCUAUGGGAAAGAAGGGAGAGGCAAGAUUCCUCCGAGCAGCACUCUGAUUUUUGACAUUGAACUCGUCGAUAUCCGCAAUGGACCGAGGUCGCACGAUUCCUUCCGUGAGAUGGAUCUCAAUGAUGACUGGAAGCUUUCUCGGGAGGAGGUAAAGCAGUACCUGGAAAAUGAGUUCAAGAAACAUGGCCACACGCCAAACGACACACAGAACGAGGCGAUGGUGGAUGAUAUCUUCAAAUACGAGGAUGAGGAUAAAGACGGGUUCAUCUCAUCAAGAGAAUUCACUUAUCAACACGAUGAAUUGUGAAGGACACAUUCCAUCUAUUUUUUUAAUGGACUGGCUUACAUCCAAACUUGGGUUGUUUACCUCAUUUUGUGAAUUAUAUUCUUGUGCACAGUCAACUGAACUGAAAAUACAAUCGCAAAUAUAUUUAAAAUGAAAGUUAGGGUUUUUUUCAGGGAAUAAACAAAAUAUUAACCUAGUGUUAUGACUUCGCGGUCAGCCUUGUUGUUCUCUGUUUGGUCGCUAGAGGGCACACUUGCACCCGACAAUCUGUUAUUGCAUUGCUCUGGCGCUUGGUCAUUUCUCCCCAUUAGUUCCUCUAAUGUUUCAAAGCCCAAUAUAAUCACAUCCAGAUUGAUUCCACGAAGCUUGAACUAUUAUUAAUUUGUAGUAAAAGUUUUAAGGCAUUCACUCUCUUAAAUUACAUUUGGCAGUGGACUCCUAAAACGAGCACAGUCCGACAACCUUAAUGGGAAACUAAGGCACCCGAAUGUAGUGAGUUCAUUAAAUGUGCAGUCACGCUAAGCAAUUUAUGACAGUCAUUCUGGGCGAUGUUAAAAUUCCCAAUCGAGCUCACCUACAAUGUUUGCUGAGGGACUUUGAACACAGCUUUUUUUAUUUUCGCAACUCUUUUGUAUCCAGACACCAACUAAACAUGCAUCAUUCCCAUCCGUAUAUAUAUAUAUAUUACUGUGACAAAACAAUGGGAUUCCGAGUAAAAAGACAAAAAUAAACAUCUUUACAAAACAAAUCUGUACACACGUUGGAAAAUAAAAAAAGUGCUUCAUGAAUUGA